AUGGCCACGACAGGCGUGUCCAUCACGCCUGCGCCGGCCGUCGCUGCCGCACCGCCACCACUGGCCAUGGCCCCCGCGUUAGCCGCCCGGCCGUCCGUAGCUCCCUCGCCUGGCCCUGGCACUCCCGGUUCUAUUACCUCCAAGGAAUGGGUGAUCCCACCUCGCCCGAAGCCCGGUCGCAAGCCAGCAACCGAUACACCACCCACCAAGCGCAAGGCUCAGAAUCGAGCUGCUCAGCGGGCGUUCCGAGAACGACGGGCCGCCCGAGUCCAGGAACUCGAGGAGCAAAUGAAAGAGAUCGAGGAUGGCCACGAAGUCCGGAUCGCCGCCUUUACCGAACAGAUCAGCAACCUGUCUAGAGAGGUGGAACAGGCCCGGGAAGAGGUGAAUUGGUGGCGCGACCGAUGUCAUUCCCUGGAGAAGGAAGUUUCGAUCGAACGCAGUGCCAAGCAGGCUCUAGUCAAGGAAUUCCGGUCUUCAGUGUCUGCCUCGAACAACCACCACAAACCUUCUACCAUCCCAGAUUCAGUGCCUCUACCACCUCGCAAUCGUCCAUCCACCCGAAGCUCCCGCAUGGAAGGGGUGGUCCAAACGACCAUUGAGCAGAACAAGGACGAUGGCCCGGAGAACGUGCCCUUGGGAUGCAAUAGCUGCACUUCUUCGCACUGCCAGUGUAUUGAGGACGCGUUUGGAAUGCCUAUCGAUACUCACGAGUCAUCCCGUGCUAGACAUCCCCCUCACGGCGUUGGCAGCCCCGUUCGCGAGAACUCGGACCCGGAGAUCAAGCCUGACCCUGAGGAGAUGGAAAUUGAUUUUACAUCCCGAUUCGCCGUCGUUCCCGUGCAGGCCAGCUCCAACCACACACACGAUGUCUCUUCGCCACCCGUCGACCCCUGCGGCUUCUGCCAGGACGGUACACCCUGCAUCUGUGCCGAGAUGGCCGCCCAAGAGCAGCAGCAGCAGCAACGUGGCCGGCGCAAUUCUUUCGAGAACAACCGCCUUGCCCCCAUCCAGUCUAUCUCUCAGUUCACCCCUCCCCCUUCCGACGGUGACGUCCGCUCCGAAGUGACUCUCCCUCCUAUCAGCCAAGCGACCAACCCAUGCGCCAAUGGCCCCGGAACCUGCGCCCAAUGUCUCGCCGAUCCUCGAAGCACCCUUUUUUGCAAGACACUGGCAGCUUCUCGGUCAGCGAGCGGAACUCCAGCGGGAGGAGGAUGUUGCGGCGGCAAGGGAGCCGACGGGGGAUGCUGCAUGUCGCGAAAUGCCCCCACCUCCUCGACCGCGCGUAACAACCCCUCCAUGCCUCCGCGACCUGCCGCACCAAAGCCCUCUACGCCCAAUGCGUUGACCCUAAGCUGUGCCGAUGCCUUUACAACACUCUCUCGCCAUCCCAAUUUCUCACGGGCCAGCGAUGAGAUUUCAACGUGGCUUCCCAAGCUGCACACCCUCCCCAACCCACAGGAACUUGCACUCGCCGAGGCCCGUGACAGCCGCCCUGCUAUGGAAGUCGAAGCAGCCAGUGUUAUGGGUGUGCUGCGCUACUUUGAUCGGCGGUUUGCUGAUAAAUAA